AUCGUACAAUACCAUUCAUCAUUGAGUCAGUCGCAGAGUAAGAAAUGAUUCUGCCGCUCUCUCGAAAAAGUGCUUCGUCCUCAAACUUCGAUAUAUUUGCGUCUCAAGUGAAAAACUUAUAAUAAAGUAAAUAAAUGUUCGAUGUUAAGUCAAACGUGUUCUAGAAUCUCUGUAUCAUAAUUUCGAAACAAUUUCAAGAUAGUCCAAAGAUAUCAGUGGUUGGAGGACGAAGAAUACUCGAAGAAUUUCAUCGAGCCACUGGGUGGUGAACGAAGAAGAAAAAUUGAAAAUCUGAAAGAAAGAAACGUGUAAACUCUUUUGUCGUCACGAUGAGACUCUUAUUACCGAUAUUUUUGACGAUAUUCGCGUGUGGUUGGUGCAGUGGCCUACGAAUUCUCGGCUUGUUUCCGCUCAAUGGAAAAAGUCAUUGGAUGAUGGCGGAACGACUGAUGACCAGCCUUGCGGAACGGGGCCAUCAAGUGGACGUUGUUACUCAUUUCCCUAUGAAGAAUCCACCGCCGAAUUACAAGCAAAUUUCUGUGCAAGGAACAAUACAGUCACCGGUAAAUAACGUGCACGCGAUCAACGUAACGCGCAUGAGAAACGUCGAUGUGAAAUUUAUUACGGACGUAGCAGGAAAAGAUCUUUGCAAGUUAUUCGAACAUGAACAGCUGCAAAACGUUAUAAAGAAGCCCAAGGACCACUACGAUAUCGUCAUAACAGAGCUGUUCGCCGCACCAUGUUACUUGGCGUUCGGCCGUCACCUAAACAAACCCGUGAUUGGUAUAGUCACCUCGGCUUUUCACGAAUGGCUCAGCACCUUGACAGGAAAUCCGAAUAAUCCCUCCUUUAUGCCUGGCCUAUUUUCGUCGUUCGGCCAGCGAAUGACUUUUUGGGAGAGGCUACAUAAUACCUUCCUAACAAACCUAAUAUCAUGGCAGAUGAACUACUAUUUGGACGAGCAGGGUGUUUAUGUGAAAAAGUUCUUUAAUAUAGACGCUGGCAUCCCGGAACUUUAUCAAGAUAUAGCGGCUAUCUUGGUCAAUUCGCAUCAUAGCAUAAACGGAGUCAGGCCGAUGACUACUGGGGUCAUCGAGGUCGGUGGACUACACAUUAAUGAAAAUUCGGAUCCGUUGACACCGGAGCUGAAGAAAUGGCUAGACGAAAGUACACACGGUUGCAUAUUCUUCACGUUUGGAUCGAUGGUGAGGAUCGAGACGUUCCCUAAACCUCUUCUCGAAACUUUCUACAAAGUUUUCGAGAGAAUCGCACCUGUUCGAGUGCUCAUGAAGGUGGCGCAAAAGAAGGACCUGUUACCUGGAUUGCCAAAGAACGUGAUGAUACAAUCCUGGUUCCCUCAAGCGACUGUGUUCAAGCACAAAAACGUAAAGGCGUUCAUAACGCACGGAGGUCUAAUGGGUACGCUAGAAGCGAUCUACUUUGGCAUCCCCAUGAUUGGAAUUCCUCUGUUCGGUGAUCAGAUCACGAAUAUGAGAAACGCAGCUAGUAAAAAUAUUGCCGUGAACCUUGGCUCUGUGGAGAAUAUCACAGAGGAGAACCUUUACAAUGCGAUUGAUACGAUCUUGCACGAUGAAACGUAUAGAUCGAGCAUGCAAACAGUAUCGAAGAUAUUCAAAGACAGACCCAUGAGCGCCAUAGACACCGCUAUCUAUUGGGUCGAGUACGUUGCUAGAAACGGAUUCGCUCUGCAAUCACCGGCUAUCCAUCUUAACUGGUGGCAACAGAAUUUGAUCGACGUUUACGGUUUCCUACUCGUCUGUCUGCUGGUUGUUCUCUAUGUCACCGUUCUUCUGGUUAAAAAACUGAAGAACUGUAUAUUUGGAUGUAAACCUUGUAUAGAAAAGCAAACUUCUGAGUCGAAAAAGAAGAAAUAAAUUGCCUUAACGCGUGAGUGUGUGUAGGUGUGAAUGUGUGAAUCUUCUUACGCGUCGUUUAUACCGUAACUAUUUUGUACAUUCAAUUCGAUUUGCCUUUCU